AUGAAGUCAGAUAACCUGUAUUAUCACAUCCAGAAUGCGGUAGGCCGCUCCUGUCCUAGUGACCUAGUGACACGGCACCUUAUUGCCAGAAGCAAAAAGCCUCACUUUGUGAGCCCGAACAAAUAUAAACCUGUACGCAAAUGUUCCGCACGAAUAGCCGACCACAACUGUCGCGCUCGCUGUCCAAACACUUCUCGUCGUCAGUUGAAUGAGUACAUCGAUCACUACGAACCACUGGAUUAUGAUGCAGACACGUUGCACGAGCAGCACCUGCGCGCGCGACGGUCUACAGACGUGCCUUCCGAUCUGCGUCUUGAAUUUAAAGCAUAUGGAAGGCGAUUUAAGAUGCGCUUGCGACGAGACUUAUCUGCGUUUAGCGAAGACUUUAAAAUCGAAGGUGCUAAAGGACAGUUACAUGACGUCGAUACAUCACACUUAUACCGCGGAGAACUGGCUGGUGACCCACAGUCAACAGUGUUCGGCUCGGUGACAGACGGUGUCUUCGAGGGAAAGAUAAUAGGGAGCGAUGGUUCGUUCUACGUAGAGCAUGCGCGGCGAUACUUCCCACCGAACGGGACGCGCACGCGCGUGCACUCUGUCAUCUAUCGUGAGGGUGACGUCAACGAUCCCUAUGCCCAUCGAAGACACGGCCAUGUCGGCGGUUGCGGGAUAACGGAUGAGGUCGUCCAAUGGAUGGAGCGUAUUCAGAAUUCGGGAGUUGAAGACGAUUCUGUGUCAUCACCUCCACCUUCUCCGACUCCCCAACAUUCACUAUCAACCCCAUCGCACGGGUACCACGCCCCAGCAUCUGCACCUAUGCAUCCCAACAGUUUGAGGGAUGACUCGACAAGAUACUGGGACUUUCAUAAUUAUAAUAAAUACUCCCGUGCGGCGAACACAGGCGAACAUUCGAGGUCAAAACGAGCGACAAUAGACAAACGAAACACGUGCUCCUUGUACAUACAGACGGACCCCCUCAUAUGGCGACACGUCAGGGAGGGAUUCCCGGACCACCGAGACCUUAGCAAGAAAGCCGAAGUGGACAUGAAAACUCGCGAGGAGAUUCUGUCACUGAUAUCACACCACGUCACUGCCGUCAACUAUAUAUACAGCCAUUCCAAAUUCGACGGCCGCUUGGAGCAUAGGAACAUCAAGUUUGAAGUACAGAGGAUUAAGAUCGACGACGACUCAAUGUGUAAUACGCACGGACUCGCUGAAUCGAACCAGUUCUGUUUAGAAAACAUUGACGUAUCCAACUUCCUGAACCUACACUCGCUCGGAAACCACGAGGACUUCUGUCUAGCCUACGUGUUCACUUACAGAGACUUCACUGGUGGCACACUGGGUCUUGCGUGGGUGGCGAGUGCGAGCGGUGCAUCGGGAGGCAUAUGUGAGAAGUACAAGACAUACACAGAGACUAUAGGAGGAAUGUAUCAGAGUACGAAACGAUCACUCAACACUGGCAUUAUCACUUUCGUUAACUACAACAGCCGAGUACCGCCUAAAGUUAGCCAGUUGACUUUGGCUCAUGAGAUCGGUCACAACUUUGGAUCACCGCACGAUUAUCCAUCGGAAUGUCGUCCAGGCGGGCAACAGGGCAACUUCAUAAUGUUCGCGUCGGCGACGUCAGGCGAUCGCCCCAACAACAGUCGGUUCUCGACGUGCAGUAUCGGCAACAUCAGCCAGGUGCUAGACGCGGUGCGCGAAGGUCGCAAGCGCAACUGUCUCUCCACCAGCGAAGGUGCCUUCUGCGGGAACAAGAUCGUUGAGGUCGGCGAGGAGUGUGAUUGUGGUUAUGAUGAAAACGAGUGUAAAGAUAAGUGUUGUUACCCACGACUGCUGAGUACUAUAGAAAAAGAGAAGAACGACACUGCCAAGGGUUGUACGAGGAGAGCUAACACUCAAUGCAGUCCAUCUCAAGGACCGUGCUGCGGAAGCAACUGCCAGUUUGUGCCGGCCCACCGCAAUCAGACGUGUCGCGAGGCUACCGAGUGCAGUCACGCCUCCUUCUGUUCCGGGAACUCUGCUGACUGUCCUGAACCUAGGGCUAUGGCUAAUCGUACUAAGUGUAACAACGGCACCCAGCUGUGCAUCAGCGGCGAGUGCAGCGGCUCCAUCUGCCUGGAGUGGAACAUGACGGAGUGCUUCCUGUCGUCCACGAUGCGCGCGGCGGGCGAGGGCGUGGCCGUGGCCGUGUCGGACCGGCGCGCGCUGUGCCAGCUGGCGUGCCAGCGCGGCGCCGGCCCGUGCCGCAGCACGGCCGAGUUCGCGCAGCAGGUGGGCCUGCCGCUCGGCGGCAUCAGCCUGCGCCCCGGCUCGCCCUGCGACAACUUCCAGGGCUACUGUGAUGUGUUCUUGAAGUGCCGCGCCGUAGACGCGGAGGGUCCCCUAGCGCGUCUGAAGAAUCUCCUUCUCAACCGCGACACACUACAGUCUGUCCAAGUGUGGGUGACAGAGCAGUGGUGGGCAGUGUUACUGGCGGGAGUAGCGCUCAUCGUGUGUAUGGGCGCCUUCGUCAAGUGCUGCGCUGUCCAUACUCCGUCGUCGAACCCGAAACGGCCCCCAGCUAGGCGGCUAUCUGAGACGCUGCGACGACCCAUGAACACGUUGCGGCGCAUGCGGCACCCGCACGGCGGCGCGCGAGCUGGCGUCGCCGCGCCCCCCGCGCGCUCCCCCGCGCGCGCCGCGCCUCGCCCCGGCCACCGCCGCACGCGCAAGCACAAGGGCUACGCGCCGCCGCUCGCCUACCCGCACCGGGACCUGGCGUCAGCGCCGGCGGGCCCCAGCAGUCGCCGAAGCGAACCGUACGCCAACGCCUACCCGCAGUCGUACGAAAUGCGGCCCCCGCAGAAGGUCUGA